UCAUUGAGGAGUGGAAGUACAUGAUCAAGUAUUAACACUGUUGUACUCAAAUAUGACGGAAGAAAAAGCUGUGACAGUGUUCAGAAAUUAUUUGCGGAUAAAAACCGUGCACCCAGCACCUGCAUAUGAUGAAGUUGUCGAGUUUCUGAAGAAUCUAGCCCAGGAGGUUGGGAUUCAGUGUAGCGCAGUUGAGGUACAUCCUGGGCGGGUGGUGGUGGUGAUGACUAUCCCCGGCUCUGAUCCCUCCCUGCCGUCCAUAAUGCUGAACUCCCACACUGAUGUGGUCCCGGUGUUCGAGGACCAGUGGGUAUGUGAUCCAUUUGAAGCUAAGAAGAUGGAAAAUGGUGACAUCUAUGCGAGAGGAACUCAGGACAUGAAAAGCGUUGGUAUCCAAAUUCGUUGCCGGAAGUUUGCCUUAUCGGAUUUAUUAGUGAGACAAUUUUUGCAGUCAUCCAGUCCUUUCUUUGUGUAUAUUGAAGCUAUCAGGAAGUUAAAGAAGGAGAACAGAGCAAACUUCCUCCGGACGGUUCACAUCACAUGGAUGCCAGAUGAGGAAAUUGGAGGCAAAUUAGGAAUGGCCAAGUUUGUUCAACAUGAGGAAUUCAAGAAACUGAAUGUUGGCUUUGCUUUGGAUGAAGGUUUGGCCAAUCCUGCUGAAGCCUUCACUGUGUUUAAUGGAGAAAGAAGCGGAUGGUGGGUGCAAGUUAAAUGUCCAGGGAAGCCAGGUCAUGGGUCAAGGUUCAUAGAGGACAAUGCAGCAGAAAAAGUGAGGAGAGUGAUCAACAGCUUCCUGUCGUUCAGGGAUGAGCAAGAAAAGAAGUUAAAAACAAAAGGUUGUUUACGAUUAGGUGAUGUGACCACAGUCAACCUGACCGUACUUAAGGGAGGAGUAGACGGCUCCCUCAAUGUCGUUCCAUCCGAAAUGUUUUUAGGAUUUGACAUCAGAAUUUCACUGACGGAGAAGCUGGAAGACAUUGAGGCGAUGAUGAAGAAUUGGAUGAAAGAGGCGGGAGAAGAUGUUACUUGCGAGAUUUCGGAUUACAAUUCCACUCCGGGCGUGACGUCCACAGAUCAAAGCUCUCCGUGGUGGAGCACCUUCAGCUCCGUGUUUGAAAAACUAAAUAUCAAGAUAGAGAUUGAGAUAUUUCCUGCCGCCACAGACAUAAGAUAUCUCAGAGAGAUUGGUAUUCCUGCUCUGGGAUUUUCACCCAUGAACAAAACCCCAAUAUUGUUGCAUGACCACAAUGAGUUCCUCAACGAGAAAGUUUUCCUGAAGGGAGUAGACGUAUAUUGUGAGCUUAUCCCAGCUUUGGCCAACGUACCUAGGAAGUAAAUUUAUAUGAUGUCAUCAAGAACGUCAUAAGUUGUAAAAUUAUUGUGGUGUCAUCAAGAUGUCAAAUUCUUUGGACGUGAUUGAGAAAUAAAAUUAUUGGGAUAUCAAUAAGAUGUCAAAAUAUCCUGAUGUGAUUGAAAAGUAAAAUUAUUGUGGUAUCAUCAAAAUAUCCAAUUAUGUGAUUAAGAAGGAAAAUAUUGUAAAAUCGAGAUGUCAAAUUAUCCUGAUGUAAUGAAGAAGAAAAAUUGUGAUGUCAUCAGAGUGUCAAAUUAUCCUGCAAACUCACCGUCGAGGCCUCAUUACGUCAUCUACGUAUAGACGGUUUGUGAGUAAAUGAACUCUGGUGGAAGUUUGAUUAUCCUGAUGUGAUGGAUAAGAAAAAUGAUUGUGAUUGUCAUCAAGCUGUCAAAUUAUCCUGAUGUAAUGGAUAAGAAAAAUGAUUGUGAUAAUCAUCAAGCUGUCAAAUUAUCCUGAUGUACUCGAGAAAUAUAAUCAUUGUGAUAUUAUCAAGGCAGCCAAAACUUGGACAUAAAUAAUGAAACAUAUUGAUCAGAUGCAAUAUUUAAUUAUUACACUUCAUGCUGUCUUCGUGUAUCCGGAGAUUUUUGCUGUAUCUGUAAUAUUUAGUCCAAGUUUGUAAAUGAUAUCCGUGAUGAUUGAAAGUUAAUUGGUUAAAUUGUGAUAGAAAGCAAGCAAGCAAGUUUUGAGUUAUGAGUUCUUCUGUGUUAGAGGUGCAUUUAGUGAACACUUCAAUGGGAGAGAGCAAGGAAGGAAGAUGGUAAGAAAUACGAAAGGUGGCUUCUGUUACCGGUAUAACAUUAACAUUUUUAAAACAACCUAGGUAUAAAAUAUGUGAAAUGAAUUUUGCUGUUAAUGCCUUUAUUACAGUGUGAUUGAAACCCGAUGAUAUUAUCUUAUUCAAGCAUUUCCAGAGAUCUCUGUAUAUUCAACAAUAAAGUAAUAUUGUACAAUGUA